AUGACGACUACCACUACAACAACAACUUCAUUGAGAAGGAAUAGAAUAGGUUCAAAGAACGCUGACCUGUAUAGUUGGGAACCUCUACCUUAUGAAAAGAUCGAAAGCAACUACGCUACACAAGAAUACAUACAAGAUAAGAUUAGAAAGGAUAUAUUGGAUAUUGACGCAAUAUUGGAACCACCAGAGUCACAGGAUAUUGGACUAUGGCAGUAUGAACAUGUUAGACAGUUCACUUUGGAGUUGAAUCAGUAUGCAGUGCUUCUAAAGGAUGUUUGCAAUUCACAGACAUGUCCACAGAUGAAGGCCACCGAUGAUUGGUUAUUCCUCUGUGCCGCACAUGCUAAACAACAGACACAGGACUGUUGUGCCAUCGAUUAUAUUGUACACAUGCUGGAUAGUACUGCCACAUUGCUAAACAGUGAUAAACACUUCCCCAAGAGAUCAAUUGAGAUAUCACAAGAAUCAUUGAAGCAGUUACAAUCAACGGUUCGAAGAUUGUAUAGACUGUUUGCUCAUGCAUUCUUUCAUCAUAGAGAGCUGUAUGAUGAGAUCGAGACCAACACUCUCAUUUGUAAACGAUUCACUCAGUUUGCCACAAAGUACAAGUUAAUCUCCAACAAUCAACUCAUCAUCAAUGGUUAA